CGCAGUCCGCCGGGCCUGCCCCUCCUCGUGCCGGCUCCGGGGGCUGCGUGCGCGGCGAGCGCAGGCUGAGGUCGGAGCGCGCCGGCGUGGUGCGGGAGCUGUGCGCGCAGCCGGGCCAGGUGGUGGCUCCCGGGGCGGUCCUGGUGCGCUUGGAGGGCUGUAGCCACCCAGUUGUCAUGAAAGGCUUGUGUGCCGAAUGUGGCCAAGACCUCACUCAGCUGCAGAGUAAGAACGGGAGGCAGCAGGUGCCGCUGUCCACAGCCACCGUGUCCAUGGUGCACAGCGUCCCAGAGCUGAUGGUGAGCUCCGAGCAAGCGGAGCAGCUGGGAAGGGAGGACCAGCAGCGGCUGCACCGGAACAGGAAGCUGGUGCUCAUGGUCGACCUGGACCAGACGCUGAUCCACACCACCGAGCAGCACUGCCAGCGGAUGUCCAAUAAGGGGAUCCUCCACUUCCAGCUGGGCCGAGGCGAGCCGAUGCUGCACACUCGCCUGCGUCCACACUGCAGGGAGUUCCUGGAGAAGGUCGCCAGGCUGUACGAGCUGCACGUCUUCACCUUCGGGAGCCGGCUGUACGCGCACACAAUCGCAGGCUUUUUAGAUCCUGAGAAGAAGCUUUUUUCUCAUCGAAUAUUAUCGAGAGACGAGUGUAUUGACCCGUUCUCUAAAACAGGGAACCUUAGAAAUCUCUUCCCUUGCGGAGACUCAAUGGUGUGCAUUAUCGAUGAUCGAGAAGAUGUCUGGAAGUUUGCCCCCAAUCUGAUCACCGUGAAGAAAUAUGUCUACUUCCAGGGCACAGGGGACAUCAAUGCUCCCCCUGGGUCCCGGGAGCCACAGGCGAGAAAGAAAGGGAAUCACCCUCCCAAAGGGGCAGACGUCACCGAGCAAGCUCCGACCUCCAAGGACGCCGAAGAAGGCAGGCAGGCGUCCGGGGAUGAGCCGAGCAAUGGGCUUGGGAAGCCCACGAGGGAGGUCAACGGGGCCUGGCCCUUGUGUGGCCAGGCAGAAGAGAGGGCUGCCCGGCCCGCCGUCCGCGCCCCGCUGGCUGAUGGGAGGGGGCCCGUGGUGUGUGCGCAGCAGCACGGCCGGAUGUCGGCCGAGAAGCGGCCCGCCCAGGGCAUGGCCGGCAGUGACCUGGACUUCGAGCUCUCCAGCGACAGCGAGAGCAGCAGUGAGUCAGAGGGCCAGUCGUCCUCCGCCGCUUCUGACGGCGAAAGCGGGGAGAAGAGGGGCCGGAAAAAGCCGAAGGCUGUGCGGGACACUGGCAAAGUCGUGCUGCCGGGUGGCGCCCCUGGCCCAGGAGGGGCAACCCCCGCAGGGGCCGGCCACUGCGCGGAGCCCGGGCCCGGCGUGCACGCAGACCUGCAGGGCGACAGCGAGCGCGACAGCCUCUGUGCGCUGGCGGGCGGCGGUGCGGACAGGAAGGAGGCCGAGACCGAGUCCCAGAACAGCGAGCAGUCGGGCAUCACCGUGGGCGAGUCGCUGGACCAGAGCGUGGAGGAGGAGGAGGAGGAGGAGGACGCCGACGCCGACGACCACCUGGUGCACCUGGAGGAGAUCCUCGCCCGUGUGCACUCCGACUACUACGCCCGGUACGACCGCUAUCUGCGCGGGGAGGCCCCGGAGGCCCCCGACAUCCGGAAGAUCGUGCCGGAGCUCAAGAGCAGAGUGCUGGCGGACGUGGCCAUCAUAUUCAGCGGGCUGCACCCCACCAACUUCCCGGUGGAGAAGACCCGGGAGCACUACCACGCCACGGCCCUUGGGGCCAAGAUCCUCACUCAGUUGGUGCUGGACCCCGACGCCCCGGACAGGGCCACCCACCUGAUCGCGGCACGGGCAGGGAGGACGGCCCGGCAGCCUUUCCCGAGAGGCAGGGUGCACUCGCGCCCACCCUGUUCCACCCGACGCCCAUCCACCCACGGGCCCAGCCGGGGCCUGAAGUCCGGAUCUACGACGCGAGCACGGGCAAGCUCAUCCGGAAGGGCGCCGCUGGCCCCGGGCCCCCCGGCCCCCCGCAGGUCCACGCAGAGCGCCCCUCCUUCAGGUGGACGACAUCCUAGGGGAGGGCAGCGACGAGAGCGACAGCGAGAAGAGGAGGCCGGAGGAGCCGGAGGACGAGCAGGAAGCCGGGCCUCAGCCCAGGGAGCCCAUGGCCCUGGGGGCCCCGCGGGGGCCGAAGUCAGCCAGCCAGAGGGGCACGGGGGACGGCCGCGGGCCCAGAGGCCACAAGAGGAAGCUGCGCGAGGAGGACGCGGCCAGCGAGUCCAGCAGGGAGUCCAGCUGCGAGGACGAGGGGAGCAGCUCGGAGGCCGACGAGAUGGCCGCGGCCCUGGAGGCGGAGCUGGACCUCAUGUGAGCCGCCCCGCCCGCCGCCCCCCGUCGACGCCCCGCGCUGGCCCGCGCCCCUCUGACGGGCUUUCCUUUUCUCCAGAAAGACCUGUAUAUUUUGCAAAGCUCCACAUACAGAAACACAUUAUUUUGCAGAAAUAGGUGUUUUUAGAAGUUCUACUUCAGGAAAGGCUUCUUUUCUGGGACGGGGUGGACGUAGGGCUCAGAGCGCGGCUGGAGCCGUGAUCUGCAGCGUGGGGGAGGGGCUUGGGGGUCGUUCAGCAUGCGGCAUGUCCAGGUGAGGCCCGGCGUCCGACGGGGCACAGCGCUGUGGCGUCCUGUGCUCGCCCACAGCCAAAGCCACCAGCACGUGGAGGGCCAGGGGCCCACGCCACGCGGCCUGACCGUGUCCCGCUCCUCAGACAUCGGAUGUAAAGUUUUUGUAUCUAUUUCAUAUUUGACCCCACGCAGGUUUUUCUUUGAUCUAAUAAAAACCCUUUUUGUAAAA